AUGACGUGGCAGGCUCAGACAAUGAUGCCGAGUGUACGAGCUGGACCGGCGAGUUCAAGAAGCACUGAUCAUGAAGAAUCUAAUGAUGACAUUCAUUCAGCAGCCGUGCCAGCCUCAGAUGAAAUAUUCAGAGGUUACCUCUCUGAUGAGCCAGGUGCCAGUGAUACAGACGACCCAGAGAUAGAGGCCACCGGGAAGCGAGAUGGUAGCAACCUCCAUUCUGCUUCUCAUGCAGAUGACAACAGACGUGAUAAAGCUGAGAAGACACUCACUGCUGCUACGCGCAAGCGUGCAAAGCGCAAUGUUCCUGCAAAUGCACAGGAAGCACACCAUAAAGAGCGUGUGAAGGGUUUGAAUGCAAUUGAGAAGCUUGUCGACUCGAAACGAUACCAGUUUGUUGCAGGCUUGAAUGGUCUGCAGGCAAGCCGAGCUCAUUGCAUCCAGAGUCAUCUGCAUAUGAUUAUUCAUAACAAGUGCAGUGGGACAGAGGCAUCGAAGCUCGCAGCAGAGAGUCAUGGCUUUGCAGCAAACUGGGGUGGAAGACUGGUUCAUGUUUGGGUGCGAAAAUGGCUGGAGAGUCGUGAGCUUCUCGAGUCGAUGAAAGGCAGGCAUGUGAAAUAUUACACCCUACUCGAUGAUCCAAAUAUAUGCAUGCAGCUUCACUCAUUCAUGCGAUCAAACAAGUGGUCCAUGAAUUCCAAGAAGCUGGCUAAAUUCAGCAAGGGUCAGAUGGUUCCUCAGGUCGCUGAACAAUACCUCCGUCAAUUGGUUCACACCGAAAUGCCGCAAGAGUUAAAGAAAUACAUGGAACUUGAGUUGUUUCCUCGCAUCCAUCUUAAAGUCAGCAAGGGGAUCUCACUUCAUACAACUCUGCGUUGGCUUCAUCAAGAGGGCUUUCACUCGCAGGCUAACGAUGGAAGAGCAAGAAGCUGGUUACCCAAAGGAGAACAGCCGCUGAAGAAAAAAGGUGUUGGUCAUGGCAUGCACCAGAGCGAUGCAAGUCAGAGCCUGGAGUACAGGAAAGACUACGAAGGGUAUUGGAACAGUGAGAAAUUUGUUAAGCAGGUAAGCUGUAGUGACUCGGAGAAAAUUAUCUCAGCAUUUGAAAGAAAACACGGCCCUGGAUUUCAAGCAUGUAUAUUCGUCGAUCACUCCCAAGGGCAUUCUGCAUAUGCAGAAGAUGCACUCCUUGUCUCACGCAUGAACAUGUGGCCCGGUGGUAAACAAGCCCACAUGCAAGAUGGCUGGUUCAUUCGCAAUGGUCAAAGAUUCACUCAGCCGAUGAAUUUCUCACCCGAUCAUCCCGAAUAUCCUGACCAGCUGAAAGGCAUGAAACAUCUCAAUUCUAUUGAGUUUUUCUGGGGUGCUGUCAAAAAAUAUUUGCGCGACAAUUGCGAUUGCACAUUCAAGACCCUUCAAGAGAAUCCACCGAAGGCACUCACCUCCAUGUUUCGAUGGCUGAAUGCUUACAGGACUGGAUUGGAUGCCAAGGAUGCUCAGUUUCAAGUCAGAGCAUUUAGUUCCACGAAGUAUAAAUCCCAUCAACGUGUGCCGGAGACUGUAGCACACCAGCUUGAUGUUCUGUAA